AUGGCGGGCAACGCAAAUGACUUCGACAUCCCGGAGUCAAACCGGCCCUCGGGGAUGACAGGAAGUGACUUUCUUCCGGGUCCAUCAAUUCCGAGAUCAACGCCAUCUGUGCGAAGAACCUACGGAACCCUGGAUACUAGUAAUGUUCCCGCCGAGUCAACGUCCGAAGUACGCCAGGAAGAUGCCUCAGAGGAUUUCUCAACCCGCGCCUUCACCUCGUCCUCUACCGCUCCCGAUAGGCUCAAAAAGCCACCAGUCACCCGCCGCAUGUCUUCAAAACGCCAAAUACCCCACAAGGGACAAGAGUUCUCGACUGAUGAUGAUAUCAAAGAGAUUGAAGAGGAUAUCGCGCUGCACCAGGCCUCCACUACCCAGCAAUCCCCCAGAAUUCGACCCCUACGUGCGCCAAGCUCCACCCUGAGACGGCGUCCCAGUACCCGCGCCAGUCCUCUAACACGAGCUGAGUCUGAUCAUCUUACUGGAGAGGACACUGGUUUGCUAAAACCUAGCCUGGAUGACUCGAGGGAGCUCCCGUCCUUAAGACAAUCAGAUGGAGGGAGCGACCUGGAAAGCGGUGACGACUGUCAUAGCGACAAUGAUGAGAAUGACGACGACGAAGAUGACGAAGAGCAGGAAGAUGUGGACCCUGACGACGAGGGAGCAUCCAGUGAUGCGGAAAGCUUCACGCUCAAGGAUCGGCAGCAAGCCAUUAAUGAAACGCAUCCCUUCGGAAUUCGAAUCUGGAAGCCGGCUGUGUACAAGAAGAGCCGGUCGGUGGAAAAAACCGCCGAGGGAGAUAUUCAUUCUUCACCAGGAGGUCGUGUCAGCCCCAUGUUAUUCUUAACCAAUCUUCUGUGGUCUUUAUUCUUUGGAUGGUGGCUCGCCUUCAUCGCCUUUGUCGCAGCAGCGGCUUGCUUUUUCUUCUCUUAUUCAUCUAGUGCGGUGGCUUAUGGGAGGGUAUUCUUGGGGCUUUCUCGAUACCUUCUGUAUCCUUUUGGAUCGUUUGUUCUCCUAGAGACAGAUGAACUUUAUGCGGAGGAAGAUGAAGGGGAGGGUCGCAGUAUCAGCGAAUAUGAGCAAUGGCAGAACGGAGAUUUAGAGCAUGGUCGAUUGUUCUUUGGUCCACACAGAGAUCGAUCCCUCGUGGGGCGCCGGCGCAAUAGCGUGGAUUCAGCCGGUGAACAUGACAGUCUGCUGGGCCGGCCUCAACGAGGACAACAUCAGGAUUCACAGCCCCCUCAUGGAAAACGUCGUCUAUUUGGCCGUGGUGAAUGGACUUUGGGUCGAGUCGUAUUCUUUGUGUUCUUCUACUUCCUGGUGGGACCCCUGAUGCUUAUGGUAUCCUUAUUCUGUUGGCUACUGGUUUUCGGCAUUCCGAUGGGCCGUGUAACACUCAUCCUGGUGAGCCAUCUACGACGCCACCCUCUUGCCUUGUCUUUCCAUUCCGAUACCUCAUAUGCACGACUCAGUUCAGGGUCUUCUUCGCCUUCCAUCCUAUUAUGCACAUACCGUGCUGUAGGCACAAGGUACUGGAAAUACACGAUCGACGGCACAAACAUCUUUUUCAUCAACUUGCUGAGCGUGGUCUUUUUUGUCAUAUUCGACUACUACGUUAUAGGCCGGUUUUUGGGCAUAGAUUCUUGGUUGACACAUCCGGGGCUCAUUUUUACCCUAGCGCUGUUAUCAAUCAUUCCGCUAGCCUACUUCAUCGGACAGGCAGUUGCUUCGAUCUCGGCCCAGUCUUCAAUGGGCCUAGGUGCUGCGAUCAACGCGUUCUUCUCAACCAUUGUGGAAGUUUACCUCUACUGUGUCGCCUUAACAGAAGGCAAGGCUCAGCUUGUUGAGGGUAGUAUCAUCGGAAGUAUCUUUGCGGGUAUUCUAUUUCUACCCGGCCUCUCCAUGUGCUUUGGCGCCAUUAAACGCAAGACUCAGCGCUUCAAUGUGAAGUCUGCUGGCGUGACUUCGACGAUGUUACUAUUUGCUAUGAUUGCGGCCUUUGGCCCCACCCUUUUCUACCAAGUUUAUGGUAGUCACGAACUCAAUUGCCAUCCAUGUGUGCCAGUUCCUGGCCUGACAGUCCAGGAUGACUGCCGCCAAUGCUAUUUCUCUCAGGUGGCAGCUGUCAAGGAUGUGUUUUUCGAGAAAGCAGUCCAACCUUAUGCAUGGGCUGCAGCAGUUUUCCUUUUCCUGUCGUACAUUAUCGGUCUUUGGUUCACGCUGAGAACCCACGCUGCUCUGAUUUGGGCCACCGAGGUUGAAGAGAAGGAGAAGGAGAAGAAGUUACCGUCUCAACCUAUCCAUGAUUCCAUGACCCUUGAUCCCAGGCACAUGCCCUUCUCAGGAUCUCCCGAAGCUUCCGGUGCCCUUCCUGGUCACAAGGAUUCCAUUCGGGAGUCCCAGCUAUACAAGCGGAUUCUAGGCCAGUCGCUCAGGCAAGUUGGCCUAGAAGAUGGAAGCAUGAGCACUUGGGAACAAACCGACUGCAGCUCUGGGGCGGAUCAUCGGGGCAACAUACCCCAUCUGGUACCCCCGCCAGCUGAGGAAAACCGGCACGUUCCCAAACCCAUCCAUGUGAUGACCGGGGAGGAUAAUGAGCGACUUGUCCGCCAGUUUACCGAAGUGGCAGCCACAGCUGCUGCAGUGGCCGCUCGUGAUGCUACCCGGAGUCGGAAGUUCACGGGUCAGCAGACUGCCGGGCGUCAAGCCGGGCGUGCUUUGGCCGAACAAACCAAACCACCUGUAGAGGAGGCCGAGGAUGUUGGAAUUCCCCCUGAUGCGAAUCACGCUGGUGGAGGUCACGAUGCUCCAAAUUGGAGUCGGGCGAAGAGUUCAAUCAUCCUCCUCGGUGCAACUUUCCUCUAUGCUGUGGUUGCAGAGCUUCUUGUCAAUACCGUCGAUGUGGUCUUAGAGAGCGUGGAUAUCGAUGAGAAGUUCCUUGGAAUCACGCUGUUUGCUCUGGUCCCCAACACCACUGAAUUCCUUAAUGCCAUCUCAUUUGCAAUGAACGGUAACAUUGCAUUGUCCAUGGAGAUCGGUUCCGCCUAUGCCUUGCAAGUUUGUCUAUUGCAGAUACCUGCUCUAGUUUUCUUUAGUGCUGUAUAUACCAGCUCUAUCGACCCAGCAGAGCUGGCGGCACACUCUUUCAACCUCAUUUUCCCUCAAUGGGAUAUGAUCACCGUAAUUCUCUGCGUCUUCUUGCUAUCAUACGUGUACGGAGAAGGAAAGAGUAAUUACUUCAAAGGCUCUGUACUCGUCAUGACUUACUUUGUUGUCAUCCUCGGGUUCUAUCUAUCAGGAUACAGCAACAUGGAUAGCAUGGGUGUGGAUCGAUUCGACAAACUCGCCCUGGGCUCCGAGAAGUUCUAUACUAUCGGACGUACCCGUUCCGGCGUGGCAUACUAA